AUGUCUCAAGAACAGACAAACUUAAACUCCGACGGAAUGACUGAGUUUGUUGCUGCGAUUGAUACGGGUACAACCUCCACUCGUUGCAUCUUAUUCGAUAAGUUUGGCACGCCAACGCUAAUGCACCAAGUUGAGUAUCCACAGCAUUAUCCUUAUCCUGGCUGGCACGAACAAGAUCCACUCGACCUCCUCGAAUCCGUCUAUAUCGUCAUGGAUUGUAUUGCAGACAAAAUGGAAGCCGCGGGAAUCACGUUCGAUGCUGUGAAGGCUUUCGGUAUCACUAACCAGCGUGAGACUACCCUCGUCUGGGAUCGCCAUACCGGUCAGCCCCUCUACAACGCCAUCGUUUGGGAUGAUUCACGUACAAACACCAUGAUUAAAGAGCUGUCAGGUGACGAGGGCCCUGAUAUCUUAAAAGAUAAAACUGGUAUGCCCCUCACUACCUACUUUUCCGGUUUAAAGUUGAAGUGGCUCGUUGAACACGUCGAUGACGUCAGAAUCGCCAUGGAAGAAGACCGUCUUUGCUUCGGUACUAUUGAUAGUUGGUACCUUUACAACCUCACUGGUGGUCCUGGUAAAGGUUUCCACUACAUCGACAUUAGUAACGCUUCAAGAACUCUCCUUUUCAACUUACAGACUUGUGACUGGGACCAAUCCCUUUUGGAUUUCUUUGGACUCAAAGCGUCCAUCCUUCCCCAAAUCAAAUCCUCUUCUGAAGUCUACGGUAACAUUGACCACGGUCCUUUCAUCGGUGUUCCUAUAUCUGGUAUGCUUGGUGAUCAACAGGCUGCCCUUGUCGGUCAGAAAUGCAUCAGAGCAGGUGAAGCUAAAAAUACGUACGGUACCGGUGCUUUCUUGCUUUUUAACACUGGUGAAGAAGUCAAAUAUAGCAAAAACGGCUUGAUCAGUACUGUCGCUUACAAAGCUGGACCCGAUUACCCAACUCAUUUUGCAUUAGAAGGUUCAGUAUCUGUCGCUGGUGCUGCCAUUACUUGGCUACGUGAUAAUAUGGAGCUUAUCGACAGUGCUUCCGAGAUUGGUGAACUCGCUGCGCAAGUGCACGACACUGGUGGUGUUUACUUUGUUACUGCAUUUGGUGGUCUGUUCGCACCAUACUGGGACAGUGCUGCUACUGGUACCUUGAUAGGUAUGACAGGUUAUACCACAAAGGCUCACGUCGCUAGAGCUACACUAGAAGCAGCUUGCUUCCAAACUAGAGCUAUCCUCGAGGCCAUGAACGCUGACUCAGGCGUUAACAUCCACAUCCUUAGAGUUGAUGGUGGUAUGACCAAUUCAGACUUGGCGAUGCAAAUACAAUCGGAUAUCUUGGGUGUCGAAGUCGAGCGACCAACGAUGAGAGAGUCUACAGCAUUAGGAUCUGCUAUUAUGGCAGGAUCAGCAUUGAAGUUGUGGGGCUGGGACGUGACCAAACCUGAGACAUUAGAUCUGGUGAAUACUGCCGGUAACGUCUUCUUUGCACCACACGACGAUGCGAAAUUACGACAAAGAGUCUACAGAUUGUGGAACAGAGCUGUGGAGAGAGCAUCUAGGUGGAAUACCAUAGACUUUGUUCAAGAGGAAGUCGAGACUGAGUUGCAAAACAAGUUGACAAUAAAGCAUGAAAAUGGAGAUGAAAAGAAAGAGCAGAAAUCGAAGCACUAA